AGCCGUUUGAUAUCUUGGUGGUCAUGAUGGCGUCGACGCCGUUGCAGGACGCACCGAUCGCAACCCACCGUGUGUACGUGGGCGAGAUGCCGGCAUGGCUGCUCAACGAGAGCGCGAUGAUGCGCCACUUUGGCACCUACGGCCUCGUUGUCUCCGUCUCGUUCGAGCACGACCCGAUGAGCUUUGAUGCCAAAGGCUUCGGCUUCCUCGAAUUCGCUACUCGCCAAAUCGCCGAAGACGCCGUCGCCGCCAUCAACAAGGCCAGUGGCAUCCAAGGCGAAGACGAUACCACUGCCAUGUUUGCUCGCAUGGCCUUUGCGCGCGGUCAACUGCUGCUGCCCGAGAGCGCACUCGCCGCGCCGCAGUUCCACCACACCGUCACGUCCCAGCGCUUCAGCCAAAUGCCCGACGAGGAGGACGAGGACGAAAUGUUUCUGCGCGGCUUCUCGCAGCGGUCGACGGGGCGACAGCACUCGUUCUUGUCGCGCUGAGCGACACGCUUUCAUGUACAUUAGCACCACCACCUGCGACAACGCGACGCCACGACGAACAACGAUAUCUAUAUUUUCAAUCGUACAAGGCUCUUGCUGUGUGUCCCAAUAAGAUGUCCUAUACAGAUGCAGUACCAUUGCCCGAUCGUUUACCAGCGCGCAA